AUGAGUACUCAGAAUAUCCCUAUACUUAUUCCAGAUUUCACAAGGUCAGGUAGUAAAUUAGUUAAUAAUAAAGACAGAGGGAGUAAUUAUACGAGAAAAGCUCAUAAUCAGGCCUUAACAUCAACCGGUUAUCAUAGAAGAAGACAUAGGUCGAGUAUUUUGAAUUUACCAAAAAAUAUAAAGAAUAAUAUCAUUUUAUGUUCUCAUUGUCAUCAUUUAAUUGGAUAUUACUCCCUACCAGAGCCAUCAUCUUCAAUUUCUUAUGUAUGGAAUUGUUGUGUUACAAGACCAAAUAUGGGAGCAGAUGCAGAAUUUGUCAAACAUAGUGGAUGGCAAGCACGUUGUAAUAGGAGUUUAAUAAAUAAUGAUUUGAAUACAAAUAAUAAAGACUUAAGUUUAAAUGACAGUGAAUGGGAAAAUUGUGAUGAAUAUGAAUUAGAAGAGAAUUACCAUGAUCAUUUUAUAGAUAAUGUGAGAAGAAUGUCUGACACAGUUAUUUCUAGUAUUGAAUGUGCAAAAAAUUGGUUAGGCUCUUCAAUGCAAAGGUAUAGUACUACUCAUAGUAUUCAGCAUGAAACAGAUCAAACUUCUACUCAAAAAGAUAAUUUAAAUAAUUAUACUAAUUCUAAGAAUAGGACACAAGAAGAGCCAGAAAUUGUAGAUAGAGGAAUCUAUAUUAAAGAUAAACUUUCUACAAACCCUGCUCAGGUAGCAAUGGAGAAACAUAAUUUAGGCUCUAAAAUAGUAGUAAAUGAUAUUAAAUUGGAACAAAAUCCUACUUCUAAUUCAUUAAAUACAGAAACUCUAAAUCCUAAGUGUGAUACCUCAAAUAAUAUUGAACAUCGAGACUCUCGUGUAGACAGUAAUGAAGAAACAAUUAAGAGUCUUAAAAUCAAUUUGGAUAGAAAUAAAGAAACUAAAGAAAAAUCAAAAGAUAAUAUUAAAAAACUUGGUAUAAAUUUAAAAGUUGAUAAAUUAGAUCAGAUUGAAUUUGCUAAUCAAGAAGAAAUAAUAAAUAAGACAAAAAUUCCAAGUUCCAAAGAAUUCUCUAAAUAUGAAGGGAUAGAGGGAAAUCAGUCAACAAAUGAGAUGAAAGCUUAUAAAGACCCAAAGAAGACAAUUCAAGUGAAUAGUAAUGAAGUUAUAAAAGAUAUAACCUUAGGUAAUCUUGAAAAAAUUGAUAAAGCUGAGCAAGAUCAGUUCACUUACAAUACUUUGAAUAAUAAUAAUAAGCUGACAUCAAAUAUAAUGAAGUCAGCAAGUACUGAGGCCUCUAUAAGUAGUUCAGGAUUAGAAGAUAGAAUUAAGUAA